CCGUAAAAGUGACGUUUCCCGUGAAAGAUGUAAAAACAAGAAAAGGAUAAGACCAGAAAGGUGAUGCUGGAAAGUGUGCGACUAGGAUCAAAAUUUCCGGCACGUCAUCAACAUUUCCGCAUAUAUAAAAACAACUUUCUAAACAGAAAAUUCUUCCAUUUCCAUCAUUUCUGCUAUCAUGAAGUUCUUCCUCAAUAGUAUUCCUUUACGAAAUCGUCGUCAAAACCCUAACCCUAUCCCACCUUCUCCAGCUAUGCUUUCUGACUUAGCUCCCGAUUCCGGUGAUGGACGACAGGAGGAAGCCGCCUCUUCCUCCUCCGCCGCCGUGAUGAAUUCGGACGACGAGGAGGAAGAUAUGGGAUAUGAGUCGCCUGAGAAUGAGGUGAGUACGACGUCGUUUUCAGGAACGGAGAUAGAGGAUGAGCAGGAAGGUAAUCGUGAACCGACAGCAGAGGAUGAGGACCGUCGGGAGCUGGAUGGUGCAUCUUCGAAGAGCCUUGUGGUUGUUGAGGCAGAGAAUGCGUUUUUGAGGACGGAGAAGCCUCCUACUGAUGAUUGUUGUCCAAUUUGCUUUGGAAAUUUUGUCGUUCCUUGCCGAGGUCCCUGUGGCCACUGGUACUGCGGAGGUUGCAUUUUGCAGUAUUGGAACUACGGUGCCGCACUUCAGCCCUGUAACUGCCCCAUGUGUUCGAGGAAGCUUACUGAUUUGACACCUGAGGCAUCAUUGUAUAGUCAGCAGGAUGCAGAAGUAAUUGAGGUUUUGAAAAAAGUUCGAAAGUAUAAUCGCCUUUUUAUAGGUGGCACUUAUGGCCUCAUGCUGAAGGUGCUUGGACUUCCCUUUUACAUGAAGAGAGUGUUUAAUGAAAUGAUGAAUCCUGACAGGCCUGGUGCUCAUUUGAACAAAUUGCGUAUUUUUGCUAUGUUCCUGGGACUCCUUUACACAUUCAGCCCCUUUGAUUUUCUCAGAAUAGGCCGUCAAAAUGUCAUUGAUGUGUUUGAUUAUUCUGCCAUUGCACUAUCCUCAGUGUUAUAUUUGGUUGGGCUGUAUCUUCGACGAAGGCGUUUCCGCCAUGUUAGGGAAAUGGCUGAGGCUGAUUUUGCUGCUCAUUGACAGCUGCCAGCUGGUGAAGCAAAUAUUUGUCGUCAACUCAUUGUGGAGCUUGAAGAUUUUGGAUUUCUAAAGAUCUUCCUCUGCUUUUGUGGUUGUGCGCUUUUGCAGAGUUUGAGAUGGUCUUGCCUUAUGAUGCAGUUCUCUUACAUUUACCUGCCAGUCUGUACAGAUAGAAUGUAGUGUUAUGAUGUAUAUACUCAUUUAGUUGAUCGCUUUUCCACUUCCGUCAUAUAUUCUUGAAUCUGAAUGGAAUAUAGUCUCAUUAGAAAACUACCGGCUUGUUGUACUAAUAAUGAGUCUUUUUCACCUUACCUUGAACAAGACCUAUUCUACAGGCUCUUGCUAUUAUGUUGUGUCCUUAAGUUUUAGGAGUUUGUCUUCUUACCAACUUCUGUUUUCUUUAUAUUACUACUGCUAUUUUCUU